AUGUUUGCUACAGGUGCCGCUCCUGGAGCAAUGGUCUCAUCAGCCGUAGAAGCCAAGGAACUCACAAGAAUGGAACGAAUUGGUGCACAUUCACACAUUCGUGGUCUUGGACUUGAUGAUGCUCUUGAACCAAGAAAGACAUCACAGGGAAUGGUCGGUCAAUUGAAUGCGAGGAAAUCAGCUGGAAUCAUCCUGCAAAUGAUUCGAGAAGGCAAAAUUGCUGGAAGAGCGAUUCUAAUGGCUGGUGCUCCUGGAACUGGAAAGACUGCCAUAGCUAUGGGAAUGGCUCAAUCACUUGGAAAUGAUGUCCCAUUCACAAUGCUAGCUGCUUCAGAGAUAUUUUCAUUGGAAAUGUCAAAGACUGAGGCAUUGACUCAAGCAUUCAGAAGAUCUAUUGGUGUUCGAAUCAAGGAAGAAACGGAAAUUAUAGAGGGAGAAGUCAUUGAAGUUCAAAUUGAACGUUCUGCAACUGGAGCUGGUGCAAAAACUGGCAAAAUCACCAUGAAGACAACAGAUAUGGAAACUAUUUAUGAUCUCGGCCAAAAGAUGAUUGAAUCUUUGAACAAGGAGAAAGUCACAGCAGGCGAUGUCAUAUCUAUUGACAAGGCCACAGGAAAGAUAACUCGUCUUGGACGAUCGUUCAAUCGAGCUAGGGACUACGAUGCCAUGGGCCCAGAUACUCGGUUUGUUCAAUGCCCUGAAGGCGAACUACAAAAACGUAAAGAAGUCGUGCAUACAGUCACUCUUCAUGAAAUUGAUGUUAUCAACAGUCGCACACAAGGGUUCUUGGCCCUAUUCUCCGGUGACACUGGCGAAAUCAAGGCAGAAGUCAGAGAGCAAAUAAAUUCAAAAGUCGCUGAGUGGCGAGAGGAGGGCAAGGCUGAAAUCGUGCCUGGUGUCCUCUUCAUUGACGAAGUCCAUAUGCUGGAUAUUGAAUGCUUCUCCUUCCUUAAUCGAGCUCUUGAAGACGACAUGUCUCCUAUUGUUAUUAUGGCCUCUAAUCGUGGCAUCACCAGAAUCCGUGGCACGAAAUACACCUCCCCUCAUGGAAUCCCUAUCGAUUUGCUCGACCGUCUCUUGAUUAUUGGUACUCAACUUUACACCGAAGACGAAAUUCGUCAAAUUCUAAGUAUUCGAUGUGAAGAAGAAGAUGUGGAAAUGACGGAUGAUGCCAAGGCCAUAUUGACCAAAAUUGGAAUGGAAACAUCAUUGAGAUAUUCUAUACAUUUGAUUACUGCUGCCAGUCUCAUUGCUAGGAAGCGCAAAGCUACAGAAGUGGACGUAGAAGAUAUCAAGAGAGUCUACUCUUUAUUCUUAGACGAGAAACGUUCUGUUGAGUAUUUAAAGGAUGCAGCUUCCAGUUAUAUGUUUAAUGCUGAAGGGGAUGUUGAUAUGUCAGGUUAA